AUGUGAACAUGUAAAAACAAAUUGAAUUUUUGGAUUAUACAAGAUACGAGUCAAGUUUUUAAAUUUUACAUUUUAUUCUAAACAUUGUAUGUAUCCUAAAUUUUUAGAUCAAUUAAAUUAUAUAUUAUGUGUAGUGUGGCUAUAUAUACACAUUAAUAUUGCUCAUACUAUUCUAUAGAAGGAAUCAAGUAGUUGAGGAUUUAAAGGAAAAAAAUGAGUAGCUCUUACAUUUUCUUGAUUCUAUCUUUGUUCCUUGUGAUUUGUAUAGAAAACAUUGUGCCAAUAUGUGGUGAAGAUCCUACUUAUGGUUUUACUUCUGUCCCAUUGACUGAAGCAAACUUUGCGGUGCAGAAGCCAUAUAACAUACCUGUUGAUCAAAGGUAUAGCUUCAUUGAUGGUGUUCAUAGAUUUUGGGUUUAUGCUCAUGACAAACCUUAUUCUCCAAGUAGCCCUACUCAGCCGCGCACUGAAAUUCGCAUAAAGGGGCUUGACUACCACUCAGGUGUUUGGCAAUUUGAAGGAUAUAGCUAUGUACCAAAGGGAACAUCAGGUGCUACAAUAGCACAAAUCCAUGGUGCAGCAAGUGGUGCUACCACAUUGAUACUAAGAAUAUACAAUGGAGAUAUGAGAUAUUAUGACACAGAUUUGGUGGCUAAGAAUCUUUAUGAUAAAUGGUUUAGACUUAAUAUCAUUCAUGAUGUGGAUGGAGGAAUAGUGACUGUGUUCAUUGAUGGAGAGAAGAAGUUUCAAACAAAGGAUCAUGGGCCUGGAGAUUUGUAUUUCAAGUGUGGGGUUUAUGCUGCACCAGUUGAUAUAAGUAACUAUAUGGAAUCAAGGUGGAGAGAUAUCAAGAUAUAUAAAAAAUGAUGACCCUUUGUACUA